UUGACACCUCAUAAAAUAAAAAAAGCUUCUUUGUUUCGCUUCUUAUUAAAAACGCAUGCAACAACAUCGAAGUUGAUAUAUCUUCCCCAAAUCAAGAAUCAAAACAAGCUUCUUAUUCGUUUGAGAUGGCAUCCUCUGGUGCGGUUUCUGGAGCUACUGUCUCUUCCUUCUUCACCAAAACCUCUUCAACUUCAAACCCAUCUCUCAAACUCCACUCCUCGUCUCCUCUCUUUCCCCAGAAAACUGGGUUUCAGGGAGUUUCGUUGGAAGAUUCGAAGAAGAGUGUAUCAGAGAUCUUCGCAGUAUCCGACAGAAAGAUAGGUGUGUUAAACGUGUCGAGAAGAUUCGAAGUCAAAGCGAGGACAGCAGCUUCGAAGACUAUAGAGGUUGAAGUGGACAAGCCUUUGGGUUUGACUCUUGGACAGAAGCAAGGUGGUGGAGUUGUCAUCACUGGUGUGGAAGGAGGUGGGAACGCAGCAAAAGCUGGGCUUAAAUCUGGAGAUCAAGUUCUGUACACAAGCAGUUUCUUUGGAGAUGAGCUUUGGCCUGCUGAUAAGUUGGGGUUUACUAAAACCGCUAUUCAGGCUAAACCUGAUUCUGUCUACUUUGUUGUCAGCAGAGGUGGUGCAGACGUUGAUGUGAAGAAACUAAAUAAGCGUCCGGCUCCUCCUCGGUUUGGGAGAAAGUUAACGGAGACUCAGAAGGCAAGGGCUACUCACAUUUGUCUUGAUUGUGGAUUCAUAUACACUUUAUCAAAACCUUUUGAUGAACAGCCGGAUACAUACGUGUGUCCUCAAUGUAUAGCACCAAAGAAAAGGUUUGCGAGGUAUGACGUGAACACAGGGAAGGCCAUAGGAGGAGGAUUGCCUCCGAUCGGUGUUAUCGUUGGCUUAUUGGCUGGUCUUGGAGCUGUUGGAGCUCUGCUUGUGUAUGGUCUUCAGUAACAUUUUAUAAAACUUGUAUAAUUGUCGGUCAAACAAGUCCUUAAUUAAGUUUUGUGAUUGUAAACCAAAGUGGUCACUUGAUGACAUCAACUUGAGAAUUUAAUUCAGCUCUUUUGUGUUGGUUCAUGGCUUGGGAAUAGCUGCACUAAUCAUUA